CAAAAAGUUGGAGAUCAACUCCAGUAAACAAGCAUGGAACAUUCAGCACAGAUCCAUCAGAAUGAUUUCUCACACUUCCAACUUAUUCAACAACCGACCCCUCAGUCUGUUACAGUCUUCCAGCAGCUGCCCUCAGCGGUGGCUUCUCCUGCACCAACUUUACGGGCGGGACACAUCAGGGAGGACCUCGUAGAGCUGAUGAUGAUGCAGAAUGCUCAGAUGCACCAGGUCAUCAUGAACAACAUGACCAUAUCUGCACUCAGUUCUUUUGGCUACACACAAGCACAUGAGCAUUCAGGUCCCAGUGUAACAGCUGAGGUGGAUCCGGAGGUGUGGCAUCACCACCACCCCUUUUCCCCCUGUGUAUCUUACCCUGCAUGGGUUCCUAUUUCUCUGGCACCGAUGCAGUCUAAUGUCCCGCUUCAGACCAUUCCAGGCUUUCAGGAGAUGGUGUAUCCUUUACAAAACGUCUAUAUAGAACACAGAGACAGGAAAGCUUUCCCUCCACCACCACCACCACCACCACCACCCAGUGCAACAGGCACUGUCGGACAGGACGUUCUAACUGCUGCAGCGUCACCCAAAUGAGGAUGAGGUUCCUUUCUGAGUCUGGUUCCGCUCAAGGUUUCUUCCUCAUAUCAUCUCAGGGAGUUUUUC